GUAAGUAACUGAAGGGGACAUGAAGAAUUGACUUUUAAAUGGCCAGCAUGUUGCAAAAGUCUGACAGCAAUGCAAGCUUUCUCCGAGCUGCCAGAGCUGGCAAUCUGGACAAAGUAGUGGAAUACCUGAAGAGUGGAAUCGACAUUAACACAUGUAAUCAGAAUGGACUCAAUGCUCUGCACCUGGCGGCGAAAGAAGGCCAUGUGGGACUGGUACAAGAAUUACUGGAAAGAGGGUCGGCUGUGGAUUCUGCCACUAAGAAAGGGAAUACAGCCCUGCACAUUGCGUCCUUAGCAGGACAAGCUGAAGUUGUCAAAGUUCUGGUUAAGGAAGGAGCCAAUAUUAAUGCACAAUCUCAGAAUGGCUUUACUCCUUUGUACAUGGCAGCUCAAGAGAACCACAUUGAGGUGGUGAAAUAUCUCCUGGAGAAUGGAGCCAACCAAAGCACAGCUACUGAGGACGGUUUCACUCCUCUAGCUGUUGCACUGCAACAAGGACACAACCAGGCGGUGGCCAUCCUCCUGGAAAAUGACACCAAGGGGAAAGUGAGAUUACCAGCUCUGCAUAUCGCCGCUAGAAAAGACGACACCAAAUCAGCGGCGCUCUUACUGCAGAACGACCACAAUGCCGAUGUGCAGUCCAAGAUGAUGGUGAAUAGGACGACUGAGAGUGGCUUUACACCUUUGCACAUAGCCGCCCACUAUGGAAACGUCAAUGUGGCAACGCUUCUGCUAAACCGAGGAGCUGCAGUCGAUUUCACGGCGAGGAAUGGAAUCACCCCACUGCAUGUGGCAUCCAAAAGGGGGAACACAAACAUGGUGAAGCUCUUGUUGGAUCGCGGAGGGCAGAUCGAUGCCAAAACCAGGGACGGACUCACCCCGCUCCACUGCGCUGCAAGAAGUGGACAUGACCAAGUUGUGGAGCUGCUCCUGGAACGAGGUGCCCCGCUGCUUGCACGGACCAAGAAUGGACUCUCUCCGCUUCACAUGGCGGCCCAGGGGGACCACGUGGAAUGCGUCAAACACCUACUGCAGCACAAAGCUCCCGUGGAUGAUGUCACGCUGGAUUACCUGACCGCCCUCCACGUGGCCGCACACUGCGGCCACUACCGUGUCACCAAACUCCUUCUGGACAAGAGAGCAAAUCCCAAUGCUCGUGCCCUGAACGGUUUUACUCCACUGCACAUUGCCUGCAAGAAAAAUCGCAUCAAAGUCAUGGAACUCCUGGUGAAAUAUGGGGCUUCAAUCCAGGCUAUAACAGAGUCGGGCCUCACACCAAUACACGUGGCUGCGUUUAUGGGCCACUUGAACAUAGUCCUCCUUCUGCUGCAGAACGGAGCCUCUCCCGAUGUCACUAACAUUCGUGGAGAAACUGCGUUGCACAUGGCGGCACGUGCUGGGCAGGUGGAAGUAGUUCGCUGCCUCCUGAGAAACGGAGCCCUGGUUGAUGCCCGAGCCAGGGAAGAACAGACUCCACUGCACAUUGCUUCUCGCUUGGGCAAAACGGAGAUCGUCCAGCUUCUGCUGCAGCACAUGGCCCACCCUGAUGCCGCGACAACUAAUGGGUACACUCCGCUGCACAUCUCUGCCAGAGAGGGACAAGUUGAUGUCGCAUCCGUUCUCCUCGAGGCAGGUGCCUCGCACUCCAUGUCCACCAAAAAGGGAUUCACGCCUCUGCAUGUGGCGGCCAAAUAUGGGAGCCUGGAAGUGGCAAAACUCCUGCUGCAGCGUCGCGCCUCUCCCGAUUCAGCUGGCAAGAACGGCCUCACCCCCCUCCACGUGGCGGCCCAUUACGACAACCAGAAGGUGGCCAUGCUGCUGCUGGAGAAGGGCGCUUCCCCCCACGCGACCGCCAAGAACGGAUACACCCCUCUGCAUAUUGCUGCCAAGAAAAAUCAGAUGCAGAUAGCUACCACUCUAUUGAACUACGGGGCCGAGACCAACAUUUUGACCAAGCAGGGAGUCACCCCGCUUCAUUUGGCCUCCCAAGAAGGUCACACUGACAUGGUGACAUUGCUUUUGGAGAAGGGAUCCAACAUCCAUGUGGCAACAAAGACUGGACUGACAUCCUUACACCUUGCGGCUCAAGAGGAUAAAGUGAACGUAGCUGAAAUACUGACAAAACACGGCGCAAACCAAGAUGCUCAGACAAAGCUUGGUUAUACACCUUUAAUUGUGGCGUGUCACUAUGGAAACAUCAAAAUGGUGAAUUUUCUUCUCAAGCAGGGAGCAAAUGUCAACGCUAAAACCAAGAAUGGGUACACCCCUCUUCACCAAGCCGCUCAACAGGGCCACACUCACAUCAUUAACGUUCUCCUCCAACAUGGGGCCAAGCCCAACGCCAUCACCACUAAUGGUAACACUGCCUUAGCCAUUGCGAGGCGUCUGGGAUAUAUCUCAGUGGUCGAUACGCUGAAGGUUGUAACGGAGGAGAUUACCACCACCACAACUACUGUAACAGAGAAGCACAAGCUAAAUGUACCUGAGACAAUGACUGAGGUCCUGGACGUUUCAGAUGAAGAAGGUGAUGACACAAUGACAGGAGAUGGAGGAGAGUACCUUAGGCCAGAAGACCUCAGAGAACUAGGAGAUGACUCUUUACCGAGCAGCCAGUUCUUAGAUGGUAUGAACUACCUAAGGUACAGCUUGGAAGGAGGACGAUCUGACAGCCUGCGAUCCUUCAGUUCAGACAGGUCCCACACGUUGAGCCAUGCCUCCUACCUGAGGGACAGCGCCAUGAUUGACGACACGGUGGUAAUCCCCAGCCAGCAGGUAACAACUCUGGCCAAAGAAGCUGAAAGGAAUUCAUAUCGCUUAAGCUGGGGCCCUGAAAACUUGGACAAUGUGGCUCUUUCUUCCAGCCCUAUUCAUUCAGGAUGCUCUUCUCCAUGUCUUGAUCAUGACAACAGCAGCUUCCUGGUUAGUUUCAUGGUGGACGCUCGCGGGGGUGCCAUGAGAGGUUGUAGACAUAACGGGCUCCGAAUCAUUAUCCCUCCGCGGAAAUGCACUGCUCCGACACGAGUGACUUGCCGGUUGGUGAAACGCCACCGCCUGGCCACCAUGCCUCCCAUGGUGGAAGGCGAAGGUCUGGCCAGCCGCCUGAUUGAAGUUGGACCUUCUGGAGCUCAGUUUCUUGGUAAACUUCAUCUGCCUACGGCUCCUCCCCCACUUAAUGAGGGAGAAAGCUUGGUCAGCCGAAUCCUUCAGCUGGGGCCUCCUGGGACCAAAUUCCUUGGGCCUGUGAUUGUGGAGAUUCCCCAUUUUGCUGCUCUGCGUGGGAAAGAGAGAGAGCUGGUGAUCCUGCGCAGCGAGAACGGGGACAGCUGGAAGGAGCAUUUCUGCGAAUACACUGAGGAUGAGCUCAAUGAAAUCUUGAAUGGGAUGGAUGAAGUACUUGACACUCCGGAGGAGCUCGAGAAGAAACGUAUCUGCCGUAUCAUCACCCGAGAUUUCCCUCAGUACUUCGCGGUGGUUUCCCGCAUCAAACAGGACAGCAACCUCAUCGGACCCGAGGGAGGUGUGCUGAGCAGCACCGUGGUACCACAAGUGCAGGCGGUCUUCCCAGAAGGGGCUCUAACCAAACGGAUUCGUGUUGGCCUCCAGGCUCAACCUAUGCACGCUGAACUUAUAAAGAAGAUUUUAGGCAACAAGGCUACCUUCAGCCCUAUAGUCACGCUGGAGCCCAGGAGAAGGAAGUUCCAUAAACCCAUCACGAUGACGAUUCCCGUCCCCAAGGCCUCCAGCGACGGGAUCAUGAAUGGUUACGGAGGCGACACACCCACUUUAAGGUUACUAUGCAGUAUAACAGGAGGAACCACCCCUGCCCAAUGGGAGGACAUCACUGGAACAACACCACUGACUUUUGUUAAUGAAUGUGUUUCCUUCACAACAAACGUGUCUGCCAGGUUUUGGUUGAUAGACUGCCGACAGACCCAAGAAUCUGUUACUUUUGCUUCCCAAGUGUACAGAGAGAUUAUCUGUGUCCCCUACAUGGCCAAAUUUGUGGUGUUUGCCAAAUCGCAUGAUCCCAUCGAAGCACGGUUGAGGUGUUUUUGCAUGACAGAUGACAAGGUGGAUAAAACUCUAGAACAACAAGAAAAUUUUGCGGAAGUUGCCCGAAGCAGGGACGUAGAGGUAUUAGAAGGAAAACCCAUCUAUGUUGACUGCUUUGGCAAUUUGGUGCCGCUAACAAAGAGUGGGCAACAUCAUAUAUUCAGUUUUUUUGCCUUCAAGGAAAAUAGACUUCCAUUGUUUGUUAAGGUGCGAGAUACUACUCAAGAACCCUGUGGACGAUUAUCGUUCAUGAAGGAGCCAAAAUCGACGAGAGGCCUCGUUCAUCAAGCCAUAUGUAAUUUAAACAUCACUUUACCCGUUUACACAAAGGAAUCAGAAUCAGAUCAAGAACAAGAAGAAGAGAUUGAUAUGACUUCAGAAAAAAAUCAACAGGAUGAUCAGGAAAGGACAGAGGAAAGACUGGCCCACAUUGCCGAUCAUCUUGGCUUCAGCUGGACAGAGCUGGCAAGAGAACUGGAUUUCACAGAAGAGCAAAUUCACCAGAUCCGCAUUGAAAAUCCUAAUUCACUUCAAGACCAGAGCCAUGCACUCCUCAAAUACUGGCUUGAAAGGGAUGGGAAACACGCAACAGAUACAAAUCUUACCCAGUGUCUUACAAAAAUCAACCGAAUGGAUAUUGUGCACCUAAUGGAGACCAGCGGCAUAGACUCCAUGCAGGUCCACGGCACUCGCACCUACGCAGAAAUUGAACAGACGAUAGGAUUGGACCACAGCGAAGGGUUUUCUGCGCUGCCAGAAGAACUGUACAGUUCAAGACAUAAGCAAGAAGAACAGCACAGAAUAUCUAAGGACAGUGAGCCAACUGAACACCCUCCUAUUGUCUCUGAGGAAGACGUGUCCGUCAGUUAUUCUCCUUUUCAGGACAGUACUCCCAGGAGUGAGGCAGAAGUUUCAAUGGCUGAGCUCCUGAGACAAGCACAUAAGGAACAAGUAGAAGCCGAAUUCUCAGGGAAACCCCAAGAUGUGCCAGAAAAACCAUCUGCUUCGCAGCAUGAAUAUUUCGUCACAACUCCAGGAAGAGAGCAGUCCACAGCAGCAGUAACGGGAAAAGCAGCGAGUGACAAAUCUGCACACUUCAGUGCGGCAAAGGAAGAGAGAGAAGAACCAUCCCCACGGCCUCCGUCUUCUGCUCAGAGAGGUGACUCUCCCAUCGUCCAAGAGCCCGAGGAUCCCCAACUCCACCAGGGUGACCUCUCUCCCAGGAGAACUAGUCUAGUGAUAGUGGAGUCAACUGACGAGCAGACAGAAAAGUUCGGAAGAGAUUAUGAAGAGGAAUCUUUAGAAAAGGCUGAUAGUAUGCCUGAAAUGCCACCAGAAACAGUCACGGAAGAGCAGUAUACAGAUGAACAUGGCCACACAGUGGUGAAGAAGGUCACCAGAAAGAUCAUCCGGCGAUACGUUUCUCCAGAGGGCACAGAAAAAGAGGAAGUCCUAAUGCAAGGAGCACCACAAAAACCUGUCACUGUCGAGGAAGGAGACGGCUAUUCCAAAGUUGUAAAACGGGUUGUGCUGAAGAGCGACAGUGAACAGUCAGAGGUGACCCUGUCUGAACCUGCGGUUUUGCCUAGUGCCUCCAAAUUCCAGUCUGAACCAGUGGAAGGCCGGAAGGUCAGCAAAGUCAUAAAGACCACUGUAGUGCAAGGAGAGAGAACGGAGAAACACCUGGGGGAUGCUAGCUUAGCUACUGAUCUUCCGUCAGCCAAAGAGGACUUCGAAGAGGACAACACUAAAUAAAGCCAGCACACAGAAGAGGACUGUGAUGAAGGAUCGGUAUGGAAAACAUGUUCACAUAGAAGAGCUGGAAGACACGCCAGAAGCACUACCACAGGAUGACCUCCAACAUGACCUCCAGCAGCUUCUUAGACACUUCUGCAGAGAGGACUGGAAACAGGAGGCGAAGUGAGAAGCUGCCACCCCUCAACACCACCACAUAACCAUCCAUCCCGUGUGCAGCAUUCAUCUCCUCUAGGUGUAGACAUUAUUACCUACAUAAUCACUGGAAGACACUGCCAUUUCUACUCGUGCAGAUGCAGUGAAUUCAUUUCUCCCCCCCGCCUUCCCUCCCCGUAUUUGAUUUUUGAGUUUUUGUUAUUUUUCACCCCCGUAAGCUAAUUUGUGACCAAAGAUAGCAUCCUUCAUUCAGGAUGGUUUAUCCACCGACUCGUCGUCUUUGUGCUGUACUGGGAAUUUGUCAGCGUCGCCACUUCUCGCUGUUCCUUUUGCUUCUGCACUAGCUUCACGAAAUUGCAUUUGUCAAGCCGACUUCAUCUACAGGCCUCUUCAAGUGACUAUGUACAUGCGUCAUAAAAAAAGGGAGUUAACAUGUAAACUGUAUAUAGCAAGAGUAUUUGGACUUACAAGACUGCAGAAAAACACACUGCCUAUGACUACAAUUAGCAUCGUGGAGUACAAGGUCUAUCGACACUGCUGAACGGCGAUGAAUAAAAUAACGUUAACACAAUCGACUGCAAACACAGACUGACUGAGGAGGAAGCGCUGCAGAUCUACUGCAUCCGUAAGACUUCCAGUUUAGGGAUCUAUUAUAGUUAAAGGCUCUAAGAGUCAGGCUAAAAACCUGGAAAUUCAGCUGUUCUCCUGAAGCAACAGCUGACCGUGGCCGUUAAUACGUCUAAGACCUUCAGACAGCCACUUAAAGAUUUCC